GUACGGUUAUGCCCAUCGCUGCGACGGGGGUGACUUUAUUCCGUUUGUUCGUGCGGAUGCGACAAGGCCGUCUCUGGCUGGACGAUGCAUGGGCAGCGCUUGCCAUGAUAUUCAAUUUCAUUUUUUUGGUAGUAGACUGGUUGUAUCUGAAGGACUACACCCAAUAUCCUCAAGAUACCAGGGUGGUGUUUUAUUAUAUAAUCGCGCAGUGCUUCUAUGCAGUCGUUUGGUCGUCCAGGAUCUCGAUUUUAUUCACGGUCGUGCGACUGACUUUCCCUGGCUCGUUAAGGAGAUUGCUAGUACGCAUCUCCAUCGCAUUUGCAUUUGCAUGGAUGCUCCUAUUCGCGCAACUCUUCUGGGUCUGUGAGAAAGAAGGUGGCUGGAAAACGCAACCACGUCCUCAAUGCGAUCUAGGUAGGAACGUUGCCAUUACGCAGAUAAUCACCGACGUGCUCGGUGACAUGAUCUUAAUACUGGCUCCAUUCCGUUUGAUUUACAAAAUCAGACUCACUAAGGCUCAAAAGAUCCGACUUCUGUCUAUUUUUUCGACCUCUGCUAUUACUACUAUCGUCAGCCUGAUCCACGCAUAUUACGUGCUUACCGAUGGUGGGCUAAAAGAAGUCUUAGCUGCUAUAGUUGAGUUCUCAACCAGCUUGAUUGUGGCGAACUUGACUGUAGUCGUCGCCUUCAUCUUCCGCAUCAGCGCCGAAGAAACCUCAGCUCCCACUUCGCUGGAGUUCAAGUCCAUAAUCACAUUCGGCUCACAACCAAUUCGGAAAAGACCACAGCGCGAUCCUCUCGCAACCUCAGCGAUGGUGGUUGCGAUUGAGACCCAGACAAUAAAAGUUGAUGAUUUCAGCAUGUCUCCCCAGCGAGUUGCUGAGAGGGACGGCAAUGAUACCGAAGCUGCAUCCAUUGAAACGCUUACUAAACCAGCUCCGCUCUGUGACGCUUGAUGUGUUUGAUACGUUGUCAUCUGUGUUCUUCCUACGGUGCUUGUCA